AUGAUCCCGUUCGCCUAUUCUCGCCUCCUAUCCCUCUUCUUUGCCUCGCCGAAGGAGGACAGCUCGCCACACAAAGAGGACGGCCCGGCGGCUGGCUACUCGUACCCUCUGCUCUCCGACUGGGCGCGCUCGAUCACCCUCGGCAACGCCGCGCUCUUUCGCUUCUGGUUCUCGUAUCUCCUCGAGCCGUUCAGAUCCCUUCCAGUCGAGCUGUAUGAUGAGCAGGCGCUCGCGCAGCGGAUGGCCAAGGGCGAGGCGAUCGACCUCACCCUCCCGGCGUCGUACCCCAAGCUCUACGCCUCCGGCCUGUCCAAGCUGAACGCCUACAUCGGCAGCCUCUGCCACGGCGUGCCCGCCGAGCCGAUGACCAAGCAGUACCUCUUCUGGCUCGCGCGGGGCACCACCGUCGUGGCGGCCUGCUGCGGCUCCUUCGCCUCCCUCCUCCUCGCCUCGCUACUCCAGUUUUUGUUUCUGCCGUACAGCACGUUUGUCGCCAUCACCAUGCUCGGCGGCACGAGGGCGGCACCUUACUACGAAGACUGGAGGAACACUUUCUUCGACAACGACACCGAGAGCAUCACCAUCUUUUGCAUCUGCGUCUUCUGUUUCCUGCUGCCUUUCGUGCUGAGGCUGUUCGUGAUGGGCAAGAACGGCCGUCAAGACCUGGUUGGGCACGUCAAGGCGACUUUCUUCCACAACUACUUCCCGAGCAUGUGGCGCUCCUUGAAACGAGGCAUGUACAUCGAGUGGCACAAAGUGCCCACGGUCUCCGAACUCUUACGCGACGCUCCCCCACUGCCAAAGAUCCGCGAGGAACGCGCGGAGGGGAUGCAGUGUCGCGAGAUCGGACCCUUUUGCAGCGUGACCGAGGCCGAGAUCCGCGAUCACUUCCCCCACGACGCCAUCGCGGCCGACCAGGCCGUGCUCAUCCUCAAGCUGGCCACGUCGCUGCUGGGCUUCGGCCACUGCACGACCGACGCGGAGGCUCUCGUGCUGCACGCGGCGCUCGCGCUCGAGGUGCCCUCGCCCUUCAUCCGCAUCGGCCACCGCGAGGUGACGUGUCGCUUUGGCGCGGGCCCCGUCCUCAUCGUGCCGUGCGACCGCGACUUUGUCUUCUCUUCCUUGGCGGACAUGAACUCCCUCGCCAUCGCGAUUCAAGUCGGCGAGGCCACCAGCGCUCUACGCGCGCUGUACGUCGCCGAUGAGCUUCUGGAUCGCCAGCUGCCGUACGCACCCGCCAUUGAACUUGGUACGUGGUGGGACGUGCUCGGCGCCGCAUGCAUCUCGCCCGCCACCAUGCUCGUGAUGAAGAUCUGCAAGACGUUCGACAUCGGCCGGUUCGAAGGGAUGCUUGUCCCGUGGUUCCUCGGCAUGUGGACGCCCGUCGUGUGGCGCCACGUCUCCAACGGCGGGCAGGACAUCUGCCAUGUGCUGCCGCAGCUCAUCGGGCCCGUUCUGAUCCAUCUGGGCGCGCUCAUCCACGGCUCCGCGCGGCUCAUCUUCGGCGCGAUCCAGGCGCAGCUCCUCGCCAUCUUCAUCGUCAUCGGGUGGCAGUUCUGGGGGCAGGGCUUCGCGGUGGGCGCGCCGGUGGACGCAACGUGUCCGCAGGCGUGCAUCCAGGCGUACCGCAAUGGGGACGAGUUCCCCACCGACCUGGACUGCGCGUCCGACUGCGGGUCCAUGGAGACCAUCACCCCCGGCGUCCCGGCCAACCUUCCCGACACGGCGUGGUGCAGCGACCCGUCGCUUGCGGGCUUCGACGCGUCGGUCAUGGGCGAAUGGUUCACGUGGUACCUGUCCACGGCCGUCUUCAACAUCCCGCUCAACAUCCUCUGCCUCGUCAACGUGUACAUCCGCCCGCGCGACCUGUUCGGCCCCUUCAUGACCGGCCAGGUGGGCCUGCUCAUGCUCGGCUACCUCCAGUUCCAGUGCACCGCGACGACGUGCGUGCUGCCGGGGGUGAUGCAGAACGGCAUCGCCGCCUUCGCCGCCACCUCGACGGCCAUGCUCAACGAGCUCCUCACCGGCCUCCCCUCCGCGGUCUCGGUCAUCCCGGUCCUCUUCAUCUUCGCCCCCGGAUCGGCCGCCGUCCUCACCGGCAUCGCGAGCAUCUCCGCGGAUGCCGGUGGCAAGGAAGUCAACUCGAAGACCCUGUGGGGAUCGAUUGUGGUGGAGUCCGUCUCGUACAUGGUGGGGAUCUACAUUGCGCAAGAGCUGUGGAAGCCUGUCGUACGCGAGCACUUCAAGGCGAAGGUUCGUCAGUUCAAGAACGAGGGGGGUGCGACGGCGCACGCCCACCUCGAGGCGCUCUUCGGAGAGAGCACCUUCGGCGCACGCGAAGCUGGCGGGUACGACCGUGGCGUGCACAACGUCGGCGGCAGCCUCAACACCCCGAGCACGCGUGGGCGUCAGGUCAGCUCCUUCCACCGGCGCUCACGCGCCAGAGACAGCCACCGUGCGUCCUAUGUGUCGGUGUCGGCGUCCGCUCGAGGCUCGGCGGCCUCCAUCUCUCAAGCGGACGCCAUUCCAGGGGCGCGUCCGGCCGUCCGGGCAUCCGAGUGUUCGUGCGCGCAGGAGCCGACCAUCGCAACCAUCCAUGAGGGCUCGGCGGAGAAUGCUGAGCCCUCCAGCCUCGAGCUUCAGAUCGCGGAGACUCCCUCCAAGCCCUGA